AUGGGUAGCAUAGCAGCAAAUCCUUUCCAAGAUGUCCCAGCUGGACGAACAGAGGGUCUUGAAGCUCUUAUUACGCAGUUUCUAGCGGAUACCGAUCCCAACAGAACCGAUCUUCUAGUGGGUGUCUAUAAAACAGAGGAAGGGAAGGCAUACGUGUUACCAAGUGUGAAAGAGGCAAAGCAAAGAAUAUUCAACGAUCCUGAUUGGCAUCAUGAGUAUCGCCCUUCCUCUAUAGGUUUGCAGUCUUACAGGGACUUGAGUGCCAAGUUGCUUUUUGGGCCAGAUCAUCGGCUGUUACGGGAAAAAAGAAUUGUGUCAACUCAGACACUCGGCGCAUGUGGGGGAUGUCACGCUGGUGCGGUCUUGUUGAGAAAUCAUUAUGGGCCGUGGAAGGAGAACGGAAACCCCGAGAUUUUCCUCCCAAGCGAGACCUGGUUGAAUCAUCCCUUUUUAUUCGAGUCCGCGGGAAUUAAGCCCAGCUUUCUGCCUUACUUUAGCAGUAAGACAAACGCAUUCGAUUUUGUGAAGUUUUCAGAGGCCAUCAAAUCGUUACCAGCUCAAUCUGUCAUCCUUCUUCAGUCUGGAGCCCAGAACCCCACUGGAUGUGAUCCGUCACCCGAGCAGUGGCAAGAGCUAGCUACGAUCUUUUCCCAGCGCGGUCAUUUGGCAUUCUUCGAUGCUGCGUAUCCAGGCUUUGCCUCAGGGGACAUUGACACGGACCUUGCAAGUGUUCGGUUGUUUGCCGAACGAGAAAUCCCGCUUGUUUUUGUGUCAACAUACGGAAAAUCCUUUGGGCUUUACAGCGAACGCGUUGGGAUUCUCUCAAUUCUCGCUCCAAGCGAGGAAAUCGGACAGAGAAUAGAACGGCAUAUGAAAUUACUCGCACGAGCAGAGUCCGGCGCGCCGCCCGAUUUUGGGUCCAGGAUUGUUGAAACAGUUCUGUCUGAUGAUGCCUUGAAGCACCAAUGGCGGCAGGAAGUGCGUCAUAUGGCGGACCAACUCAAGUCUCGUCGAAUUGCGCUCAGGGAAGCUUUAGAGAAAUUGGAAACACCAGGUGACUGGCGGCAUAUCACUGAUCAGAACGGAAUGUUUUCAUAUGUUGGACUGUCUGUGGAACAAGUCACUCUGCUCCGAGAAAAACACCAUGUCUAUCUUCAGGACUCCGGGAGAAUAUCUAUUGCUGGGCUGAACAAAUUCAAUAUCGACUAUACUGCUCGCAGUAUCAGCGCCGUUGUAAAAGCCACAACAUCCGAAUAA